AUGUCCACCUGCUUGUCUGGUCAUAACAAGUCCUACGCCUGCUGCCUGCCUGAUAAACACACUGCUUGGGUAGCAGGCAGGCUCUGGAAUAAAGAGACGUUCGAUUACCUGCUCGGGCACCUGGGCACUCCGGCGGCGGAGGAAAUGGGACUUUUCCUAAUUUCUGGCUACAACCUGUUUACGCAGCCGGUGCCGGACCCGUCUUGGAAGAACAUUGUCCUGGGAUUCAGGAACUUGACACCGAAAGAGCUUGAACUCUUCCCUGGUUACAGCUACGGCUGGUUCAACACGGCGCUGAUGCUGGAGGGCAGGAGCUACCUGCCGUGGCUCACCAACAGCAUCGCUGCGCGUGCCGCUCACCGCGCCGCGUCUGUCUCUCGGUAGAUGUUUGCCCAGGGCGUGGACGUGGUGAUAAACUGCACCGGGGUGCGUGCUGGGGAGCUGCAGCCCGACCCGCAGCUACAGCCCGGCCGGGGGCAGGUCAUCAAGGUCCUGGCCCCGUGGGUGAAGCAUUUCAUCGUCACUCAUGACAUCGACUCUGGUAUCUACAACUCGCCGUACGUCAUACCGGGAGACCGGUACGGGCGCAGGAGCUCCCUGCGCAGACCCCGGCUCGGCGCUGGGACGCGAGGGGGGUCCGGGCUGCUCCGGGGCUCCCGGAUCAAGCUUCGAGAUCUGGUGAAAUACAGUGAAAUAUUCACAGGGGAUGACAAUAUGGGGCUGGCUAAGCGAUGCUUGUCAUCUCUCUACAAAAAGAGGCUAACCAAGACAUUUUUAGCGUUGUCAUUACAAGACGUGAAAGCGAAGAUCGUGCAGGAGUGGAGCGGCUUGAGACCAGCGCGGCCCUGGGUUCGCUUGGAGCGGGAGACCCUCCGCCACGGGCAUCUCCAGGCAGAGGAGCCCAUGGGCAGCAGCACCACACGAAGCGGGGUGAAGGCACAGAGGGACGCGGCGGGGCUGGAGCUGCCGUGGGGCUUUGGAAAAUUCAGCUGCCUCUGUGCAGCGGCGAGCUCCAAGAGCCUUCACCCGUGGGAGGAGGAAGAUGGCGGUCCGAACUGCCACCGCAGGGCGAGCAGCCCGUCCUACGCCGAGGCAAAGCAGGAUUUCCAGCUCGCUGGUGGCAUUGCUGGUGAUCUAAACCCACCCAGGAGCUGCGUCCUCACUGCCCGCCUCUCGCACGCCGAGGGACAGCCCGAGGGGUGCAAACCCACCGAGGCAGCACGGAGCUACCCCGGCGGCGCAGCGCAUUCGGGAGAAUUACCCAACUGCAGCCUGGCAGAAGGAGAUGACAACAAACUGUUUGCGCUGGUCGUCCGCGCCGUGAGAGGGGAUGGCCUGGACCUGGAGCUGGCUGGGGACGGAGCGCAGGGGACACAGAGACAGCAGAGACGGAGACAACCCAACCAGCACACAGUGACAGCCGCCGGAACAGACAGCGCGUUUCUGCGUCCUCAGUCACGCCUGAAGUGGGAUCCCCUGCGCGCUUGA